AUGUCAACGAGGCUGCUGGGCUCAUUCGGUUUCGUAUUCCUGCUGAUUUGUGCCUUACGGAUGGAUAGCUGUUGGACCAGAGCCACAUUGGAUCAAAUGGCUAAAACCAGCGCCAUGAUGCGAUCGGUGUGCAUUGGAAAACACAAAGCCAGCGAGGACCAAGUCAACAUGCUAGGUCUGGGAGAAUUCCCUGAUAACAAGGAUUUAAAGUGCUACACAAACUGCGUGCUAGAAAUGAUGCAAGCGAUGAAAAAAGGGAAAAUCACUGCGGAUAGCGCCAUUAGGCAAGUGGAUUUGCUUAUCCCGGAAGAGAUAGCCGUACCGACAAUUAAAGCUUUUAAUAUCUGCCGCGAUUCGGCAAACGGUAUCAAGAAUUCCUGCGAGGCAGCGUACGUUUUACUCAAGUGUUUGCAUGCAAAUAAUCCGAAGUAUUUUUUCGCUUAA